UAACUCACAGACCUUAUUUUUUUACUACCAGGUAUUCGAACCUAGAAUCAUGUCCGAAACGGCCCCAGCCGCGCCUCCUGCGCCCGCUCCGGAGAAGACACCCGUGAAGAAGAAGGCCAGCAAGUCUGCCGGUGGCGCCAAGCGCCAGGCGUCCGGGCCGCCGGUGUCCGAGCUCAUCACCAAGGCCGUGGCCGCCUCCAAGGAGCGCAGCGGCGUGUCGCUGGCCGCGCUCAAGAAGGCGCUGGCGGCCGCGGGCUACGACGUGGACAAGAACAACAGCCGCAUCAAGCUGGGCCUCAAGAGCCUGGUGAGCAAGGGCACCCUGGUGCAGACCAAGGGCACCGGCGCCUCGGGCUCGUUCAAGCUCAACAAGAAGGCGGCGUCCGGCGAGGCCAAGCCCAAGGCCAAGAAGGCGGGCGCGGCUAAGCCCAAGAAGGCUGCCGGGGCCGCUAAGAAGGCGGCGGGGUCAGCCACCCCCAAGAAGAGCGCCAGGAAGACCCCGAAGAAGGCGAAGAAGCCGGCGGCGGCCGCAGGGGCAAAGAAGGUGACCAAGAGUCCGAAAAAGGUGAAAGCAGCGAAGCCCAAGAAGGCGGCUAAAAGUCCAGCCAAGGCCAAAGCGCCGAAGCCCAAGGCAGCCAAGCCGAAGUCAACCAAACCCAAGAAGCCUGCUCCACAAAAGAAGUAAGGAUUCAGAUCAUUUAAAAUACAAAGGCUCUUUUCAGAGCCACCCAAAUAACCUGAUAAAGAGCUUAUGACCUAACUGGCUGCGGGGUAGGGGUGAUGAGGAGAGUGAUUACAUAUUCUGUCUUGCUUAAGAGAUUUCAGGGUAACAACAGCAUGUACACAGAUACGUUUAUCAGAAAACGUUGUGCUGUAAAGGGCCUUCGUGCCCAAGGUUAGCACUUGCUGUUCCAGCUGGUAACAUUUCCCUGCAUACAAGCGUUUUUAUAAGCAUCCUGCUAUAAGCGCUUUUUAUUGCUUGGUAGGAUUUACUGGUUCAUGUGCGAAUUUGCAAAACCAUUUAAUAAAAUACAAACUGUCUUCCAUUUCAAUAAAACUGUUCAGAGCCAUAACAAAUUUGAGAUUUACAGUAUAAGGUCGUUUUUAUUCCCAGCCAGCCUCAGUGGUCUGUUUUGUGUAUCCUACAUCGCACCUUUGUUUUAGGUUUAUUAGUGCUGCCUAUGUAACCAGAGAGCCAAACACUUUCAAUAUUCAACUUGAAAUAAUAUGCUAAUGCUAUUAACACUUGCAAGUUUGCUUAUGGGUAAAUUCAG